ACUUCAAACUUCAAAGUUCAAACCAGACAGACAGAGAGCCAUUUGAAUAGUUUGGCACCAUGAUCAUGAAAGCUAGCAAGAAUUAUCAACACUAUAUUGGCCUAAUCUCUACAUGCAAAGACUUGAAGUCCCUACUUCAAAUCCACGCUCAAGUAAUAGUCUCAGGUUUUCAACACCACACUUCCACAUCGACCCAUCUCAUAAAUUCCUACUCUUCCUUCCAAAGAUGCAACCUUUCGCGAUCAGUUUUCAAUUCUGUACAAAACCCAAGUGUUAGAUUAUGCAACUGCAUGAUCAGAGCUCAUACAAGAGCCAAAGAGUUCAAACAAGCUCAAGAAAUGUACCAUUCUAUGUUAAACCAAGGCCUAGAGCCUGACAAGUACACCUUCAACUUUGCCCUGAAAGCUUGCACUGAUGCAUUGGAUUUUGAAGAGGGUGUACUGUUGCACCGUGAAGUAGAGCGGAGGAGAUUAGAGUGUGAUGUGUUUAUUGGGACUAGUUUGGUUGAUAUGUAUUGCAAAAUGGGGGAGGUGAAAUGUGCAAGUGAGGUGUUUGAUAGAAUGCCUGAGAAAGAUUUGGUGGCGUGUAAUGUGUUGAUUUCUGGGUUGUCGAAAAGCGAGGAUCCUAGUGAGGCAUUGUGGUUUUUUAAGAGGAUGCAAUGUUGGGGGGUGGGGGUGGAUUUAGUGAGCUUGUUUAACUUGGUUCCGGCAGUGUCUAGAUUGGGAGACAUCGAUUCUUGUAGGUGCAUUCAUGGGUAUGCGGUUAGGAGGGAGUUGGGUUCGGAGUUGGCAAAGGGGUUGGUUGAUAUGUAUAGCAAGUGUGGGAAUGUGGAUGUUGCUUGUAGGAUUUUCGAUAUGAUGCAGGGUGGAAAGGGGAGUGGUGUUUUGUGGGGGACAAUGAUGGCAGGGUAUGCGGGUAAUGGAUGUUUUGUUGAGGUUUUGGAGUUGUUUGAUAGCUUGAAAGGGGAGGGGAGUGAAAUGGAUAAGGUUUGCAUUAUGAGUGCGCUUCUGGCUGCUACUGAGAUGAGAGACUUGGAGAAAGGGAUGGGGAUUCAUCGUUGUGCUUUAGAAUCAGGACUCGAUUCUGAUGUUUCGGUUGCUACUUCUAUACUGACCAUGUAUGCAAAAUGUGGAGAAAUAGAGAAGGCGACACAAUUAUUUGAGGGACUUGGUGAAAGAGAUUUAGUUGCUUGGUCUGCGCUUAUAUCUGCUUGUGUCCAGUCUGGUUAUCCUGAAGUGGCAUUGUCUCUCUUUCGCGAUAGGCAGAAUGAAAAUCUUCAACCAUGUGGCAUAACAUUGGUCAGCGUCCUUACAGCAUGCGGGGAACUAUCUUAUCUGAAAUUUGGUAAGAGCAUACAUUGCCACACUGUUAAGGCCGAUAUUGAUACUGAUAUAUCUACUGCGACAGGCCUAAUUUCCAUGUAUGCUAAAUGUGGAUUCUUUACCCCUGCCUUCAUUAUAUUCGACAGAAUGCCAUCAAAAGAUAUUGUGACAUGGAAUGCACUUAUAAAUGCAUAUACCCAAUUAGGCGAUGCCGACCAUGCUAUUGAUGUGUUGAAUGAGUUAUGGCUAUUUGGAAUAAAACCUGAUGCAGGAACGAUGGUUGGUAUGGUCUCCGCUUGUAGCUUAUUAAAUGAUCUAAAUCACGGUACUUGUAUACAUGGACGAAUUAUAAAGAAUGGGUUUGAACAUGAUGCUCCUUUGGAAAAUGUUCUUAUUGGCAUGUAUUGCAAAUGUGGUGACAUUUCGUCGGCUGAAUUUCUGUUUAGAAAAUCAAGAUUUAUGAGAGAUAUGGUAUCCUGGAAUGUUAUGAUUGCAGGAUACAUGCAGGGUGGAUGUGCCAGGGAAGCUAUGUCUGUGUUUGACCAGAUGAAAUUAGACAACUGUCAGCCGAAUUUAGUCACAUUUGUAAGCAUCCUUCCUGCAGUGGCAUCUCUGGCAGCAAUAAGAGAGGGCAUGGCUUUUCAUGCCUGCAUUGUCCAGAAGGGGUUUCUAUCUAAUACAAUGGUCCAAAAUAGUCUUAUUGACAUGUAUGCUAAAUGCGGACAGAUCAAUCACUCAGAAAAAUGCUUUCAAGAGAUGGAAUUAAAGGACAAAGUUUCAUGGAACACAAUGCUUGCAGCGUAUGCAAUGCACGGGCAAGGGGAUCAUGCUAUUGCACUUUUCUCACUUAUGCAAAAGAGCUCUAUCCAACUUGAUUCUGUGUCAUUCAUCAGUGUCUUGUCUGCCUGCAGACAUGGGGGUUUGAUAAAAGAAGGAAAGGAAGUUUUCCUCCUCAUGCGUGAAAAACACCAUCUUGAACCAGAGUUGGAACACUACGCUUGCAUGGUAGAUCUUUUGGGACAUGCUGCUUUCUUCGAUGAAGCUCUACAUUUUAUUAAUACGAUGCCAAUGGAGCCUGAUGCCAGAGUCUGGGGGGCAUUAUUAGGGGCAUGCAGGGUGCAUUCAAAUGCAAAGUUGGGAGAAGUUGCGUUGAGUCAUCUUGUUAACCUUGAGCCCACAAAUGCCUCUAAUUACAUAGCUUUAUCGGAUAUACAUGCAUAUUCUGCUAGAUGGGGUGAUGCUUGCAAGUUAAGGUUAGAGAUGAAGAGCUCUGGGUCGAAGAAAACGCCAGGAUGUAGUUGGGUAUAAGUCCAAAACCGGGUUCAUACGUUUCAGGCGGGUGAUUACAACUACCCCCAACUUGGAGCUGAGAGCUAAGAGCAAGUUAAUUGACGUGUCAUAUAGGUCAUUACUGAUAGCCUAUGACACAAGACUAUACCUUCUUGUUUAUGAUAGCACCACUAGAGUCUGGCACAUUCCAAAUUAAGCUUUACUGGGACAUUGCCAAAGAUUCGGUUGCGCACAUACAAUUUCUGGAUAUACUCUUGUGGGCCAUUUGAAGAUGGAAAGUAAGAGAAUUUGAUCUGCUCUCACUCUCCAUCUCUUAAGCUUUCGAUGGGUUUUGAACCACAAGGGUGAUUGAACAACCUUACGUUCAUUCACCUAGCACCAAGAUCUGGAGCUCGUACAUAUAUGUCCUACUCUUAAUAGGAUUAC